CUGGAUUAGAAUAACACUGAAUGGAGUUUCAGUCUCCACUGCCACUCCCUGCCCUGUGAGGCUCUGGCUGCAGCUCCUCAUCUAGGCUUCGCUCGCUUCAUUAUUUCAUCUACAGCUCAAUCAUUGAGCAGGACAUGGCCAACAUAAACCACAGCCAGGCAUAGAAACUCAGGAGGGACAGCCACACCAAGGAGAUCGACCUCACCAACAGAGACCCCAAGGAAAUCAACCAGGAUGUGGUCAAGGUGGACUUUGAAGAUGUGAUCGCGGAGCCUGACGGCACACACAGUCUUGAUGGGGUGUGGAAAGCCAGCUACACCACUUUCACUGUGUCAAAGUACUGGUGUUACCGCAUUCUGACAGCCAUUUUGGGAAUCCCCUUCUCACUACUGUGGGGCUUCGUCUUUGCUUGUUUAUCCUUCUGUCACAUCUGGGCUGUGGUGCCCUGCAUUAAGAGCAGCCUGAUUGAGCUGCAGUGUCUCAGUCAGCUCUACUCAUUGGUUAUUCAUACCUUCUUUGACCCACUCUUUGUAGCUCUGGGAAAAAUAUUCAGCAGCAUAACAGUGGCUUUACGCAAGGAAGUGUAAGAACAAGAACAGCAUCUUAUGGACAUAUGCAUCUGGAGAAGAUCAAAAAAACUUUAUGCUUUGAAUAAUGAAAAGAUUUAUGCUUGAUCGUUACAUAUUGGUGCACAAUGUAGAUCCCUCACAAUGUUAUACUGAAUGAUUUCUGUUGUAGAAAACUGCAGGCCAAUGUGUUCGACUGAAAGAAUGUGUGUUGAUAUAGAUGUGAGAAAGCGGAGGCCAGAUUUGUGCUUCCUUAGUGCUGUGCCAGAACUGGAGAUGGGUCUGGCACCAUCCACUAUCACACUGGAACAGGAGUAAAAACUUUCAUGUUUUUUUCUUUUGGGUAAUUCUGAGCACAGAAUGCAGAGAUGGUGCCUUUGUAAAAUAGUUUUGGAAGAAAAGUUAUUUUGGUGGAACAUGUGCACAUGAAGAAAUGUGCCAAUUUGCUGUAAAAUGGAAAAAUCCCCAUAAAAGAAAAUAGCACAUAAAAAGACAUGUAUGUCAAAACGUGUAAUUUUCUGGGUGUAGUUGCACCUUGGGAAAGCAAUAGUGAACAGAUACAGAAAGGACAAUGACAAACCUGCUGCUUAUU